GGAUGUCGGUUAGUUUAGCUUAGAACGUUGCCGAGUGCAGUCCGCGCUCAUUCGUCGGGAAGCUAGUCGAAAGCGUUAGCUUAGUUAGGAGACAGUGUGUCAAAGAGCCUUAAUCUGUCGAGGCCCUUGUCGGUGGUGAACUUUUGUUGGUGGGGAAGCUUAUUUCCUGUUUGACCUGCCGCAAUUUCCGGGGCGGAUAGGUCAACGCGUGUGUUUCGGUCGAUCAGUUCUUGGAAACGCUGCGGUUACGCAUCCCGCUCCGGUGUUAAUUCCGGUUGCAGUUUACGUUUCUAUUAAUGGAUUUCCAGUGGUGAACGAGUGACAACAAAAAAUCGGAUAAAAUGAAUAAAUUUUAUGCGAUUUUUAUGCUAAUCAUUCUGAUCGCCCUCACAGUUGAGCCCGGUCAUGGUAUCAAGUGCUACAACUGUGAUUCGACCAGCAAGGAGGACUGCACGGAGAUAAGGAAAAACACCGGAAUCAUCGCGGAGACGUGCACUCCCAGCAUAAUGGCAUCGACAACGGGCAAUUGGCUGGCGGAUUUGACCCGGAUUGAAUACUUUGGCGGAGCUGAGAUUACGGUCCCGAUGGUAUGUCAGAAGAUUGUGGCAACCAAUGAAAAUGGCGACACAAUGACCUACCGAGGUUGUCAGCUGGACGGAGGCAAAACGGAUCCCUGUCAGAUUGCAUUUGGUAAGGCCAAACUGCAGCGAGGUGUCAACAUCGAGCACUGUUCGAUCUGUAAGGAUGACGAAUGCAACGGUGCCUUCAGCAUGAUCCGAGCAAGUAGCCGCACAAUCCUAGCCACUGGAGCAAGCUUGCUAAUUGUGGCCAUCGCCAACAGAAUGCUAUUUUAAGGUUGUGUACAAUGCUUGUGGUAGACAAAACGAUUCAUGUUUCAACAACGCUAGAGAAUAGAUCGGUUUUUAUAUGACAUACAAUGAUAUUCACGUUUAGCGAAAAUAUAAUUAAUAAAAAUUGCAUACGGCUAGGAAACACUUGCUGUGUAAAUAACCUACUCAUAGAGUGUAGAUUCGCUUGAUAUUAAUAACUUGACCUUUAUGGUUACCAACGUUCAUAAAUGUCUUUAGAAUUUCAAUACUAUUUUUAAGGAAACCAAACAAGCAUCACUGGUGAAACAAUAACGAUAAGUAAGCCCAACUUAGAGUUUAGAAAAUAAUUACGAUAUUUGAUUACGAAUAAAGAAGGCAAGCCGUAAACACGUCACGUAUUUAAUGAAAUAUAUUUAAUAACUCGAUAAAUAUAUUCACGCAUAUGCCUUCAUUGUAAACCCGCAAGGAGAUUUGUACAAUUGAUUUUACGUUAAGAAAACUCGUUCGGACAUGAUGUCAACUGUAUGCACAAGCAGAUGCUAAAACGGUGAUUUAAAAACGCUUCAUCAGUAUAAAUAAACCCAUAUAGCGUUAGACAGAUUACUGUUUGUAUCAUAAGGCUAUCCAUUACUUAAACUUAACUGUACUAAAUUUAUAACAAUCUAAACGCCCGGAAUCCGUUGACAACAGUCAACGGAAAAUAAUAGUAAAAUCUUAUAAAACAAUCGCAGACCCAUAUCUCACGAUCAAAAUCAAUGUCACUCUAUAAAACUACAUCUCAAAUCAAAAUAUUCUACGAAUCCAAUUUAUUUCUUCUUUGCACCAACAGUCAACUUUGUUCCGCUACCGAAUAAGAGUUGAAACGAAACCCAGAAUCAAAUAUCUACUGUUAACCUCUAAUCAAAACCAGUUUCUCAUUGAAUUUCUCACAUAUUUGCACUAAAAAGGAAUUCUAGACUCAAGCAACUACAAUAGACGAUAAGCGUUUGUUUAAAUGCUGCACUUUUUCUUGGCAUUUCUAACCAUUCAGCAAAGAACACAAAUUGAUAAAAUUAAUUAACAAUACAUAUGCAAUAUGAAGUAUAGUAACAUUCGACAAAUAAUGGAAUAAUGGUUAGUGAACGUAGAACGAAGCAGAAGUAGGCAAUCUAUGUAAAGUGAAAGAGUAAAAAAAAACUUUGUUAUAGGACUAGCCGAGGUGUGAAGCAUCAUCGAAUUGACUUAAACUAGCAAUAUAAAUAAAUCAAAGCUGUAACAAUCCCCAGAAAACAGAACAAAACCGUUGAAAAAUAAACGAACCAAUAUUCCCCUCUUAACGGCCCGACUAGGAAACUAGCUGUCGUAACACGACACCAGUCGGUAGUA